AUGGAAGAACAACAAGCAGAUAACGUGGUUGUAAAAACUGCAGAUGGCCCCAACAAAUCCGGCCGCUGGUGGAAGGAAAAACAAACGGCUAGGUUUGAAACUUGCUUUUCCUUUUUUUCUUUUCGAUGAGUUUUUUUAACUUAUUGAAAACACACACUCUGAGAUUAUUAAUCGAGCGGUUACAGGCAUUCGUCUAUCGUCAAAGUCAAACCUUUGAAGUCUACUUGGGAUAAGAAAAUGAGCUUGAAGGCGAAGAAAAAUCAAGUAAAGUUGUUACAGUCUUCCAUCCGAGAACGUAAGCAGCAGGAAAAAGAGGUUUGAUAUGAUUCAUCUUUUUUUCAACUCUUCGAGCCAAAAAAUUUCAAAUGAGGAUUUUUUUUCAGGAAAAAAUUGAAGCUAGAAAGGAGCAAGAAAAAAGAAAGCUGGAAAACGAAAGGAAGAACGAAAUUGUUCAGGUUCGUUAUUUGAACGGUUUUUUUUUUUUGGAAUAAGGCCCUACGAUCUCUUUUCUUUUUCAGUCUCAAAUAUUCAUAAAUUUGCAAACUUUCCAAGUAGUUUUUUUCAACAUUAAUAGAUGAUUUUGAAGAAAGAAAGAAGAGAACUGGUCUUCCAGUUGUUUCUCUGUUUAUCUUUCAAGUCGAAAUCUACAUCGUUUUGCAGAAAAAUCACGAAUAUUAAUAAGUUGAAAAAGACGAAAAAAACGGCAGCUACGAACCGUCGUCAAACGCGAUACAAAUUGA